AAACUUGUACACUUUCAAAAAAACCAGCCUAUUGAAUUCAUUUUCUUUGUGUCUCCUCUCCCAAUUUCAUCUUCAUACUAUGAGUUUGGCUUUGAAAUUAAUGGCUUUAUUGUGCUCUGGUUUCUAAUUACCCAAACUCCCACUCCCUUCCCUUUCAAAUGGAUUUCUUUUCAACCUGUACUUCUGACUCUGCCAUUCCCAUCUGCGGCUGCGAUCUCAAAAUCAAACCCAAAAACCCUUUUCAAAUCAGGAACUUUUCUUAUUCCGACCUUCUCUCUUCGACUCAUUCCUUCUCUUCCGACUGUUUUUUAGGCAAAGGCAGCCACGGCACCGUUUACAAGGCCGUCCUCGACGGCGGCAAGCUCAUCGUCGCCGUCAAACGAACCAAAUUCACUAACCCAUCUCCUAAUUUUCACUACAAUUCUUCUAAUCCUGCCGAAAACGAAAUCGAAAUCCUUUCCCGGCUUCGAAACCCCAGAAUCGUGAAUCUCAUUGGCUUUUGUGCCAAUUCCAAGGACGAGAAAUUGCUGGUUGUUGAGUUCAUGCCCAAUGGCUCCCUUUACGAUCUUCUCCAUUCCCAAUCUAGACCGCCCGGUUGGACUCGCCGACUCCAGUUCGCUUUACAAGUGGCCAAAGCGGUUCGAGCUCUUCACACGUCGAACCCGCCGGUUAUUCAUAGAGAUAUUAAGUCGUCUAACGUUUUAAUCGACGGUAACUUCAACGCGCGUCUUGGGGAUUUUGGUUUAGCGUUGAGAGGACACGUGGAAGAUGUGCGCGUGAGAUGCACGCCCCCAGCUGGCACGUUGGGUUAUCUUGACCCCGGCUAUCUCGCACCUGCCGAUUUGAGUGUGAAGAGCGACGUUUUCAGUUUUGGGAUUUUGCUUUUGGAAAUCCUUAGUGGUCGAAAUGCUAUCGACGUCCACCAUAGCCCGCCGUCGGUCGUCGACUGGGCGUUGCCGAUGAUCAAACACGGCGAUUUCGAUGGGUUGUGCGACCCACGAAUUGGAUCUCCCACUAACUCGGCGGUGAUCCGAUGUAUGGCGGUUCUGGCGGCGAAGUGUGUUCGGUCCACCGUGCAGAAGCGGCCGGAUAUGGUGGAGGUUGUGGAGUGUUUGAAGGCAGUCAAGAAGAAGCUGCACGUGCCACCGAUAUGGAACAAUCUGAGGCGGCGGGAACGUCACGUGGAGAAUCUCCAGCCGUUGAUUUCGAACUUUGAUGAACCGGACGGUAGUGAUGAGCCGGUGAGGGUUUGUCGAAUAGGAAGCCGGAGGAAUCGGAAAGUAUCCAGUGUUUCGAGUACAGAGUAUGGAAUUAAGACGAUUGGGCGAGUGGUUAGAUCGAGAUCAAUGGGUUCGGUGAACGAUGUGAAAUUGGGACAAAUUAAUUCCAAUGUCGGCGGAAGUUAUUACUCUUCGUUGGGUGGCCGGCGGAAGUACAGCGGCGUUGCAGUGAAAAUUCCGACGAUGACACUUAGUAAAUCGAGGUCGGUGGGAGUGUCAGAGAAUCCGAAAUUUGUAGAAUUUAAUCGGAGGGCGGCGAGUUUUCUGCCGGAAAUUGAAAUGUCCAAAUUGACGAUUGGUUGUGAUGGUAAAUCCGAGAAUCAGAUGCUUGAGAAACCGUUGUUCCAAAAAUAACAAUCUAGAUGAAAGUUAAAAUUGUUUGUGAUUGAUUU